UUGAUUAAUUUCGUAUUCUUUCGUUUGAAAAAUACAUCAUCAGUUGUGCCAAAAGUCACACAAGAUAUAAAAGAAGCAGCUAAAGAACAUGUACGAGAAUUACGUCGUGAAUUUGAUAAGCCAAUUAAAUUUUCAACUAGUCGUGCUAAAUAUUGGGAUACAGCUGAUUCAAUAGUUUUUAAUCGUCAUAUUGGAAAAUUUACACGACCAGUAUUAAUUGGUACUAUUUUAAUUAAUAUGUUCUAUUGGGGUUAUUAUCGAGAAGAAAAUGAUAUUGAUGAAAUGCUUGAUAUGGAACCAUGGCAAGUAUUUCCUCGAUUAAAUCUAGAAUAUCUUAAAACAGCUGAAAGACAAUAUCGUGAAGCUGGUCUUGAUACAAAUCAAAUAGAAGUCAAGAAGAAAAUGAUUCAAGAUAUGUUUCAACCACAAUUAAACGAAGAAAUUCGUGUGAAAAACAAUCAAAUAAAUAAAUAA